AUGGCAACAAUGGAUAAUGAUUCGACUUCUAUCAUUACUAUUGAUCCAUCUGAGCUUGAUCAUCUUCGUACAAAUGUUCUUAAAUCUCAAAUAGCUACUUAUCGUCUACUUGCUCGUAAUUUACCUGUCUCCGAUGCAUUACUUCAAUCAUGUUCAUAUAAAACACAAUUAGCAAGUUUUAUUCAAAAUCAUGUUCAAGACCAACAAUCUGAAGCAAAACAACCAACAACUAUCAUUCUUGGAACAAGUCAGAAUGAUGGUGAUACACCAUUAACAUUUACAUCAGCAACCGAUAUGUAUCGAUGGUUAGUACGAUCAAAUGAGACGAAUAAAAAUAAUGAAGAAGAUACUCCGACACAUGUUCGUCAACAUCCAAUUGGUCUUAAUCCAUUAUAUAUUCAACAAGAACAAGAAAAACGUGUACUUAAUCGUAUUUCUAAUCGUGUUCAAGAACUUGAACAUAUGCCAGCACAUAUGAGUGUUGAUUUACGUACACAAGCUUUAAUUGAAAUAAAAUCAUUGAAAUUACUUCAAUUUCAAAAACAACUUCGUGGGGAAAUUCUUACGACUAUGAAGAAAGAUACAUUAAUACAGACAGCUUUAAAUCCUCGUGCCUAUAAACGUCCAAAACGUCAUCAUCUUCGUGAAGCACGUUCAACUGAACAGUACGAACGUCAACGUAAAAUUGAAAUUGAACAACGUCAACGUGCUAAACAUCAUGAAUUUCUUAAUGCUGUUCAAAAUCAUGCACGUGAAUUUCGUGAAUAUCAUCGUCGAUAUUCCUUAUCAACUGUACGCAUGAGUAAAGCUAUACAAGCCUAUUUUGCAAAUAAUGAACGUGAAUUAAUUAAAGAAAAAGAACGUAAAGAAAAAGAACGUAUUAAACGUUUAAUGAAUGAAGAUGAAGAAGGUUAUAGAAAAUUAGUUGAUGAAAAAAAAGAUGCACGUUUAGCAUUAUUAUUAUCACAAACAGAUACUUAUAUUGAUAAUCUUAAACAAUUAGUACGACAACAUCAACAAGUAAAUCGUUCUCGUGGACGACCAGCUAAAACUCUUUCAGAUAAACCUGAAGUAGCUGUAACUACAGUCAUUGAUCCUCCUCCAGCAACAACAACAACGACCACAACAACAGCAACUACCGAUGAAGAAAUAAAACCAGAGCCAAUUAUUGAUCAAACUGGUAAUGAUGAAGCAAUACGUGAUGCUGUUAAAGUUGCAGCAACAAAUGAAGAUGAUGAAUAUGAUGCAAAAGAAUCUUAUUAUUCUAUUGCACAUCGUAUACGUGAACCGAUAACUGAACAAUCGAAAAUGCUUGUUGGUGGUUCACUUAAACCAUAUCAAUUACAAGGUCUUGAAUGGCUUGUUUCAUUAUAUAAUAAUAAUUUAAAUGGUAUACUUGCUGAUGAAAUGGGUCUUGGAAAAACUAUUCAAACAAUUGCAUUAAUUGUACAUUUACUUGAUUAUAAAAAAAUUCCUGGACCAUCAUUAAUUAUUGUUCCAUUAUCAACAUUAUCAAAUUGGGCAUCAGAAUUUCAACGUUGGGCACCUGACGUUGCUGUUAUACAAUAUAAAGGUUUACCACAUGUACGUAAAUUGCUUGGACAAACAAUACGUAACAAUCGUUUUAAUGUUUUAUUAACAACAUAUGAAUAUAUUAUGCGUGAUCGUUCAAUAUUAUCUAAAGUUCCAUGGAAAUAUGUAAUUGUUGAUGAAGGUCAUCGAAUGAAAAAUCAUCACUGUAAAUUAACACAAAUUUUAAAUUCAUUUUAUUGCAAUGCUCCACAUCGUUUAUUAUUAACGGGUACACCUUUACAAAAUAAUUUACCUGAAUUAUGGGCAUUAUUAAAUUUUAUUUUACCAACUAUAUUUAAAUCUGCAACAACAUUUACAGAUUGGUUUAAUGCACCAUUUGCAACUUUACCAAGUGAAAAAGUCGAAUUAAAUCAUGAAGAAACUUUAUUAAUUAUUCGACGUUUACAUAAAGUUUUACGACCAUUUCUUUUACGACGACUUAAAAAAGAAGUCGAAUCACAACUACCUGAUAAGGUUGAAUAUAUAAUUAAAUGUGAAUUAUCUGCAUUACAAAAAUGUCUUUAUCAUGCUAUGUCAAAAAAUCGUACAUUAAUUAUUGAAAGUCAAAAUGGUAAAGGUGGUCGUCGUGCUUUAAUGAAUAAAUUGAUGCAAUUACGUAAAAUUUGUAAUCAUCCAUUUCUGUUCGCAGAAAUUGAAGAUCGUUUAGCAGAAUCACUUGGUUAUAAAGAUGGCGUGAUUAAUGGAGCUGAUCUAUUUCGUGUAUCAGGUAAAUUUGAAUUACUCGAUCGUAUAUUACCAAAAUUAAAAGCAAGUGGACAUAAAAUUUUAUUAUUUUGUCAAAUGACUGCUGUUAUGGAUUUACUUGAACAUUAUUUUUCUUAUCGUAGUUAUACAUAUUUACGAUUAGAUGGUACAACAAAAGCUGAUGAUCGAUGUGAAUUAUUAAAAAGUUUUAAUGAUGAUAAUGUAAGUUGCUUUAUAUUUUUAUUAUCAACACGUGCUGGUGGUGUUGGUUUAAAUUUACAAAAAGCCGACACAGUUAUUUUAUUUGAUUCCGAUUGGAAUCCACAUCAAGAUCAACAAGCACAAGAUCGUGCACAUCGUAUUGGACAAAAAAAUGAAGUACGAGUUUUACGUUUAAUGGCUGUUAAUACAGUUGAAGAAAAAAUCUUAGCUUGUGCAAGAUAUAAAUUAAAUGUUGAUGAAAAAGUUAUUCAAGCUGGCAUGUUUAAUCGUUCAUCAACAUCAAGUGAACGACAUGAUUAUCUUGAACAAUUAAUUGAAGGCGAUGAUGAAUGUAAAGAUGAUGAUGAAGAUAUACCUGAUGAUGAAAUUCUUAAUCAAAUGAUUGCUCGAACUGAAGGUGAAUUUAAUUUAUUUAAUCGUAUGGAUGUUGCUCGACGUGAAUAUGAAUCCCUGAAUGGUGUUGGUAGUGGUGGUGAUGGUGCUACUGAACGUCGUAGUUGGAAAUUAUCAGAUUUGGGACCUACAGAACCGAGUAGUGUUGUUAGACCGAAUACACCUCGAGUUAAACGUAAAAAAGAAAGUGACAAUGAAGAUUCAACAGAUCCAUCAAAUAAAACGCCAUCGAAAGAAAAUAAAAUAACAACAGGAUUUGUUGAUCAAAGUGAUGAUGAAGGAACACGUGGUGGUGAAGAAACAACGACAACAACAACAACAACAAAUGAUGAAAUAACACCAUCACCAUUAGAAGAUCUUGAAGAUGAAGAAGAUGUUGAUUUUUCUCAAGCAACACCAAGUGUUCAUCGUAAAAUGAAAAUUAAUCGUCUUAUAACUGAAGAUGAACUUCCUGCAUGGUUAAAAAAUGAUGUUGAGGAAGUUGAAAAAACACUUGUUAGUGAUGAAGAUAUGGGUAAAGGUCGUCGACAACGUAAAGAUGUUGAUUAUAGUGAUAAUUUAACUGAACGAGAAUUUUUACAAGCUUUGGAAGAAGGUAAUUUAGAUGAUGCUGUUGAACAAAAACGUAUACGAAAACAAACACGUAAAAGUGCUGGUUUAUCAUCACAAGAUCAUGAUGAUGACAUGGAUAUUGAUCUUGAUGAAACUGAAGCACGUUCAUCAUUUGAUAAUCCAACAACACCAGUAGUAAAUCAUCAAAAUUUUGCAUCAAAACGUGGUAGUGUUAAAAAACGUUUACAAUCAGUUGAUCCAAAAAUUGCACCACAAUGUCGUGUAUUACUUGAACGUAUAUUAGCUUAUCGUACAGAAGAUAAUCGACAAUUAGCUCAACCAUUUAUACGUUUACCUGGACAAAAACAAUUACCGAUUUAUUAUCAAACAAUUCAAGAUCCAAUUGAUUUUCAACGUAUAAGAAGAAAAAUUGAUACAUAUCGAUAUUCGAAUUUAGAUGAAUUUCAAGCUGAUAUUGAAUUACUUGUACAAAAUGCUCAAACAUUUAAUUGUGAAACAUCAUUAAUUUUUGAAGAUUCUAUUUUAAUCGAAAAAGUUUAUAAAGAUUUACGUCAACAACUUGAUGCUGGUCUUAUUGAAAUACCAACAAAUGAUUCAUCAUCAAUAACAACAACAACAGCACCACCACCAACAACAAAAACAACACCAAUAACAACAACUCCUCGUACAUCAGCACGACGAGGUCGUGGUACACGAACACCAAUAACACCCGUGACAACUAAUGGUGAAGUUUCAAGACGAGGACGAAAAAGAAAAGUAACCGUCAUUAAAGAUGAUGAUGAAUCAGAAGAGGAACAACAACAACAAGAGGAGCAACAACAAUCACCACCACCACCACAACAACAACAACAACAACAACAACAACAACAACAAGAAGCAUCAGAAGAAAAUGAACAUGAUAAUGGAGAGUUUGAGUAG